AUGGCGAGCAAUGGUUGUAAUGCAGUUGAUGAUCACAAGGUAAAGAAAGUUGGCGGCCUAGCAAGUGUCCUGGCAUUGGGCACUGCUAACCCUCCCAAUGUUUGCUAUCAAGACGCCUUCCCUGACUACUACUUUAGAAUCACCAAUAAUGAGCAUAGAGUUGAGCUCAAAGAAAAGUUCAAGCGAAUAUGUGAGAGGUCGAUGAUCAAGAAAAGGUAUAUGCUUUUAACGGAGGAGAUGCUAACGCAGAAGCCGAACCUAUGCUCAUUCAUGGAAGAGAACUCACUAGACACUCGCCAAGACAUAGUGGUGGAAGAGGUGCCAAAGCUUGGAGCAAAGGCGGCCAUUAAAGCUUUGGAGGAAUGGGGACGUCCACUCUCAGAUAUCACUCACCUGAUCUUCUGCAGCACUAGCGGUGUCGAAAUGCCGGGCGCUGACUUCCGGCUCAUCAAGCUCCUCGGCCUUCCAUUGUCCACAAUUAUGCUCUACUGCUUGGGCUGCUACGCCGGCGGCACCGUCUUACGAAUAGCCAAGGAUCUCGCAGAAAACAAUCAAAACGCCCGUGUGCUUGUCGUGUGCUCGGAGACGACUGCCAUCAGCUUCCGUGGGACUGACGAUGUACACAUUGAUAGCCUUAUAGGGCAAGCUAUCUUUGGAGAUGGGUCGGCUGCAGUAGUUGUGGGAGCAAACCCCAUUCCUGGCGUGGAAACUCCUUUUUUUGAACUGGUGUUCACCGACCAAGUCAUCAUCCCGGAUAGCGAGAAGGCAAUUCAUUGUCAGCUCAAAGAAAUAGGGCUCACUUUCCAUUUACAAACUGAUGUACCAAACACCCUCAGUGAAAAUAUAGAAAAGAGCUUGUUGAAGGUGUUCGAACCACUAGGCAUGCACAUCUCCGACUGGAACUCGUUGUUUUGGAUCACCCAUGGUGGUGGACGUGCCAUUUUUGACCAGAUUGGAGAGAAACUGCUACUGAAUCCUGAGAAGCUAGAAGCCACACGUCACGUGAUGAGUGAGUAUGGGAACAUGGUCAGUUGCUGUGUGUUUUUCUCCAUGCAUGAGAUGAGGAAGCGCUCAAUUGCAGAAGGGCUACCCACUGCAGGAGAGGGGCUUGAAUGGGGUGUGCUUCAUGGCUUUGGUCCUGGGCUGACCAUGGAGACUGUUGUCCUCCGUGCACCGCCUCUCCAUGGCCUUGUUUCAAAUGGAAAUAAUUAA